AUGGCGAACGGAUCACAACAUUUGUUAAUAUUUCAGAAAAUAAAUGGGCAGUCAUAUCUCUUUUCUACACUGUCGCCUAAUUUGCAAUCCAGAAAUACUAGUGUACACAGUCUGAGCAAUGCCUAUGUGAAUGGAGGUUUGCAAACUUCUUUGCUGCCAGCAAACAAUGGCAAUGGCCUGACCUGUCCCUUGUAUCACCCUUGUCUCCCAUCUUUGCUCAAGCUCCUGCGGAGAAAGGUACAAAAGGUUUUUAUGAUUGAUUUCCUUAUAGGAAGGGUUUCUAUCGUAGUCUCCAAGUCAGUUGCUGCACCAAUUGAGCGAGUUAAGCUCUUGAUUCAGAAUCGGGAUGAGAUUAUUAAGGCUGCCAUGUUGUCUGAACUAUACAAGGGAAUUACUGACUGCUUUGCUAGACCUAUUAAGAAUGAAGACGUUUUUUCCCUUUAG